UAUUGGCUUGGUAAUAUCCAUACCUAUGUAUGUAUAUUAUCUAAAAUAAGUAAUUAGUGGUCAGUUUUUAAUUAUUGUGAAGCAAAUGAAAACAAUACGACCUUGUGGUUGUAAGGGAAUCAGAUCAUGUCUUCUCUGUGAAACCGAAUUUCAGAUUGAAAGACCUAAUCUAAAGGAUUAUUUUGAGAAAUACUCUAGUUAUGUUUAUUGCCCAUAUUGUGAGAAGUCAUGGCCUGGUUGGGAUACGAACCUUUACAAAAAUCAUCCGAAUCAUCAAGGAACUGCAAUAGAAUUUCCUGGUGUUUAUAUAAAGCUAGAUUUUCUAAAUCCCAGAGAAAUUAAGUCAUUGAUCAGUGCAAUUGAGGAAAUACCUUGGGAAAUUUCUCAGAGUGGAAGACGAAAACAGAAUUUUGGUCCAAAAUGCAAUUUCAAGAAGAGGAAACUUCAGUUGGGUUCAUUCAAUGGUUUUCCAAAGUCUACUCAAUUUGUGCAACAAAAAUUUUCUGAAGUACCUAUACUUAAUAAUUUUCAAACAAUAGAACAAUGUACAUUAGAGUAUGAUCCACUACGCGGAGCCUCAAUAGAUCCACAUAUUGAUGAUUGCUGGAUUUGGGGUGAAAGAAUAGUUACUGUCAAUAUCAUGGGCAAUUCAGUUUUAACAAUGAGUCCUUAUCAUGGUCCAGAUACAAAAUAUAAUUUGAAAAAUAUAACAGAGUAUGCCACAACACUUAAAGACCUAAAUUCUAAUGUAAAAAAUAAAAGUGAAAGUAACAAAGACAUCAUUGUAAGACUCCCGAUGCCAGAAGGAUCUCUUAUGGUCCUUUAUGGUGUUUCAAGAUACAAAUGGGAACAUUGCGUUUUAAGAGAAGAUGUGAAUACCAGACGAAUCUGUUUGGCUUAUCGUGAAUUGACUCCCUCGUAUUUAUGUAACUUAGCAAAUGAUGAAGAAGUCAGAGAACUCUUAAAGAGAGCAUUAGUCUUUAAUGAAAUGUAACUAAACUUUGAAAAGAAUUUACUCCAAUAAAGUAUAUAAUGUUAAAUUUGUACGAAAUA